UGUCCGAGCCCGCCUCGGUGGCCCAGCUGCCUAGUUCGCCGUGUAACCCAGCCUGCCCCUUGAGGGCCACUUUCGCUCUGCAAACGCUUGAAUUCAACUUGCUCGCGGUGUGAUUAGAAACAGACAGUGGGCAAGAAAAAGAACACCGGCUGCUCGGAAUCAUGGCGACAGCGACGCUCAACUUCAUCACAUUCAACCAGGACCAUGGGUGUCUGGCGGUCGGAACCUCGAGAGGUUUCCGCAUCUACCACACGGAGCCUUUCUCCAAGAUAUUCUCGAGCGAAGACGGCAAUGUAUCCAUAAUUGAGAUGCUCUUCUCCACCUCUCUCGUCGCCCUUAUAUUAUCCCCAAGACAUCUGAUAAUACAAAACACGAAGCGAGGCUCUGUUAUCUGCGAACUCACCUUCCCAUCCGCCGUACUAGCCGUGAGGCUGAACCGCAAGCGACUUGCCGUUGUCCUCGAAGAUGAGAUAUACCUCUACGACAUUGCCAAUAUGUCGCUCCUUUUUACUAUAGCUACCUCCCCGAACCCAAGCGCCAUAUGUGCAUUGUCACCCUCGUCCGAAAACUGCUUCCUCGCCUACCCGCUGCCCAAGCCACGAGAGGACAAGGACGACAAGCGACCUAGCCACGCGCCUCCUCUCCCAACAUAUAUCCCUCCAACCUCUGGAGAUGUGCUCAUUUUUGAUGCCAUCACCUUGAAAGCUGUCAACGUUAUCGAGGCACACCGCUCGCCCCUGUCCUGUAUCGCCAUAAAUAGCGAGGGAACUCUACUGGCGACGGCUUCUGAGACUGGUACUAUCAUCAGAGUGUUCACCGUGCCAAAGGGCCAGAAAUUAUACCAGUUCCGCCGUGGCACCUAUCCUUCGACAAUAUAUAGCAUGUCGUUCAAUCUCAGCUCCACCCUGCUUUGUGUCUCGUCAACUUCCGAUACAGUGCACAUUUUCCGCCUUGGCGGUCCCAACAACGGAGCGUCAGGUGCAACUGGGGCAGGUGCUGCAGGAGAGGUCCUGGCAGCCAGUCCAGGACAGGAUAUCACUGGUUCGCCGCGGGCAGACCGUUGGUCAAGAUCCAGGAGCUACGACAGUGGCAAUGAAUCGCCCGGCAGCGGCAGCGAGGCUAACGACAUGGCAGGGUCCCCGUCUCCUAGGGACCGCCCGACCGCUGCCAAUAGGAGACAGAGCGGAUCUUUUAGUAACAUCCUGCGUCGCUCUUCGCAGAUUAUGGGUCGCAGCGUUGCUGGAGUUGUCGGCUCCUAUCUGCCACAGACUGUGACGGAAAUGUGGGAACCGGCGCGCGAUUUUGCGUUCAUCAAAAUCCCAAAGUCGUCUGCCGGACGGCAAAACAACACCCAAGGUGCCGCCCCCUCGCUCCCCCUCGCAGGCGAGCCUCUGCGCAGCGUGGUUGCCAUGAGUAGUAGCAGCCCACAAGUAAUGGUGGUGACGAGCGAUGGCAAAUUUUAUGUGUACAACAUCAACAUGGAGACUGGAGGUGAAGGGUAUCUAGUCAGACAAUACUCAAUCUUGGAGAAUGAUGACAAGCAUGACUCUUCUUCGACAUAUGAGUCCUAGGGGAAUGAAGCGAAGCAGAAGAACGAGGGGUUUGAUCUUACAAGCUGGGAUGAGCUGGAAUGGACCGACGAGUCAGACCAUCUGUCUGGAGCUGAGAUAGACCCAAUGGACAUUGGGUUUCUGCGGCCUUGAUCUACUGGGUACCACUGUAUUCUGACUGUUUGUGAUGCUCUCUGCCGAUACCUUACUGCCUGGUCCCUUUGCAAAGCGCAUAUUGGAUUCAUAAAGCACCUUAUUAUUGGGUUUGUUUCUUUGGCGUCUCUUAAACGUUCUUCCAACGAUCGA